CCGACUACAGCGCACGCGCCGCACGUUGAUUUUAACAAAAAUCUAUAAAAAAAAAUUAACAAUCGAUAUUACGCGAUAACGAUAUCACUGUUUGAACAACAUCAUUCUAGGCUACGACGUGUCCGUAAAAACCAGUGUCUGGCUUUUUUUAAGUUUUUGUGUUUUUUAAAUAGGUUUAUUAAGUUUAUUGUGAUCGAACAAAAUGAAGGAGCUAUCAGUGGUGUUAGUGUUAGCCUGUCUGGUGGCUCUAUCUCAUGCAGCACAGCAAUGCUGCGCGGACGGCGAAACGAUCACCAAGCGAGGGUUCUGCAGCGGCGGCGACCGCGCCCGGAUCAACUGCACCAGCCGCUGGCUGCUCAAAGACGCCUUCCUCAUCGGUGACAAACUCUACUCUCAAGACGCCCCCAAUUUCGUCUUCGUUGAGGAUCCUACUUUAUACUGCCUGAGCGAUGCCCCUAGAAACUUCUCGGACCCCUCACAGGGCAUUGUCCCAUCGGCUAUGGUCUGCUUUGACACCAGUUCCACCAGCGAUAUGGAAGUGACUGGCAUUCUCACCCUAACAUCCGUCGUCUUCCUUCUCGCCACGUUGGCAGUCUACAUGUAUCUCCCCCAAAUGAGAGACCUUCAAGGCCUGUGUUACAUCAGUUUAUGCAUCAGCAUGGCACUAGGAUUUUUAUCCUUAGGAGUCCUACAGCUCAGUCCUGGCUUCAGAGAUGAAAUUUGCACACUCACAGGGUUCAUCGUCUACUUCUGGAUGAUGGCUACUUUCUUCUGGAUGAAUGUGAUCAGUAUCAACACAUAUCGUUCCAUUGAUGAUCCAGCGUAUCUGAAGAAGACAGAGCGCCAGCAGUACUUCCGCUACAGCUGUUUCGCGUGGGGAGGCACAAUGCUCUUCCUCAUUGUAUCCUUGACCACCAACUUCGCAGAGGGCGAUCACUGGAAGCCAGGCUUCGGCAAAAACAGCUGUUGGUUCCAAGGUGCAACUGAAACCUGGAUCUUCUUCUACGGGCCCGUUGCACUGCUCAUUACUGGCAACGUACUCCUAUUCAUCGCAUCCUCAUGGAUACUCUGGAGACAGACCAGAAAAUACGAAGUGGACAAGCUGAACAACCUUAAGCACAAAUUCCUUCUGUCGCUGAAACUGUUCCUCGUGAUGGGCAUCUCGUGGGUGUUCGAGAUUGCAAGCUUCGCUCAUGGAAAAACUACUGUCCUUUGGAAAAUCAUGGACACGUUCAACUGCCUCCAAGGCGUGGUGAUCUUCAUCCUACUGGUGAUUCUGAGGCGACGAGCCAUGCGAGGGCUGGCGAGUGAGGGGUGCUGUCUACCCGUCACGAGGCCUCUGGCGGACAAACUCAGUCCCCAUGACGACGAAGACGCGCAACAUGUCCUCACCGAUGACACCAUGGAAGUGCGACUCAACUGACCUUUACCUGAACUGUGCCCAACAUGCCUGUAUUUUUUUUCAUAUCUUUGAUAUAAGGCCUUUACGGCUUGGUAUGGAUUUAACUUUGGAAAUAACUUCAAAUGAGAUUUUUUAGUUUUUUUUUUAUCUCACCACCAGUUUCGAAUUUGUUCAAACUUAAUUUUACGCGGUUUUAUUUUUACAAAUUAAAUAUGCAUGCUAUAAAUUGUUAAUUAUAAUGUUUAAUAUUAUUGUUUACAAGUCUGUAAAUAAUAUUAUGGAGUUUAUUGCAUGAAGAGCAUGAGAGGCUUUGUGAGUUACCCAGUAAGUAAUUAGUAUACCUGUAUGAAAUCUCGAAAUACAUUGCCUUCGUAAAUAAAAAUCGAAUUUCUUAGAUAUAGGUACAUGGUCAAAUAUAAACAGAGCUCUCAUAGUUAUAGAAAUUAAAGAAGUCUCAUUAUAUUUUAAAAUAUCUUAGAAUAAGUGGAAUGAAAUAUCUUAUUGUUUUUAAACAUUGAUCAAAUAUACACUGUAUGUAUCCAAAGAUUUAAGGAUAAGCUAAGCUUAAUGUCGUUUUUGUAUAAUAGCGUAUUUUUACAGCCAUCACAUUUUUUUUUUUUGUUAUUUAUCAUAUCUGUGUGCCAUAAGUUUAAUUCACAAUAUAAAUAAUCUAAAUAUAAUAAUUGUAUGAUAAGUGUAGCAUUUACUUCAUGUAAAUACUAUUUAUAAGUUAUUAAAUAGGUUAAAUACUUCGUUCCUAUUUUUAAUAAUCUUUGUCUUCGUAAUGCAUGUUGUUUAAAAAACAAACUUGUAUGAAAUAAACAUUUGAUAAGAUGGAAAA